CGAAAAACCAAGAUGGAUAUCGGAGGAGCAUACGGUGGCGGUAAAGCGGGCGGUGCAUUCGAUCCUAUUGCAUUCGUACAGCGUCCGACGGUCAUAUUGCGUGCCGUUUGCUGGCUAUUUGCGAUCAUCGUGUUCGGGUGUGUGUCGUCCGAGGGGUGGCGGGAGGAAGCGAACGGCAAGGAGUAUUGCAUAAUUAAUCGUGAUGGUAAUGCCUGCAACUAUGCGGUCGGUAUCGGUGUGAUCGCUUUUCUCGCCUCGAUGGGCUUCAUCGCGGGCGAGUAUCUGUUCGAGCAGAUGUCGUCGGUCAAGACGAGAAAGCACUACGUGCUGGCUGAUCUUGGCUUUUCUGCUUUCUGGUCAUUCCUGUUCUUCAUCGGCUUCUGCUACCUUACCAACCAGUGGGGCAAAGCGGACGAUCCACCGAACGGCGAGGGCGUGAACAAUGUGCAAGCUUCCAUCGUGUUCUCGUUCUUCUCGAUCUUCACCUGGGCCGGGUGUGCGUACUUUGCGUUCCUGCGCUUCAAAGCGGGCGUAGAUCCAUCGUUCUCCUCCACCUACGAGUCGGAUCCGAGUGCCGCUCAACAGUACGCGGCCUACCCGGCCUCGAACGAUAAUGACCAAUUCCAGGAGGCACCGUUCUCUGGCCAACAGCAGCAGCAACAGCAACAGCGAGACUAUUCGCAGCCUACGUACUAAAUAGGAUGACCAUCGAUGGAUCCGCGUUGCAUCCGGAUACGCUUUUGUUGCGAGCAAUUGAAACAAGAGCUCUGUGCGUUUUUUUAGUGAACAUAUUAUGAAUGUUUGCAGUUGAAAACAAAAACCUCUUCCUUGGGCCAUGACCAUAAGCCAACAUGUAAAGAUGAGAAGCGAUGGUACUGACAGAUGCAAAAGUAUUUCAUUUUGUGAUUGAACGCUAGGAGCAUAAGGUGAGGGGCCAUACCUUUCCAUGCCCGUUUGACAGUUGGAAAUGAGACGUACAUUAAUUUGUGUUGCUACUUAAUGACCCGCAAACUAAGAACCAAAAAAGCUAAACCUAAUACAAUAUAGGAUAGAACCAUGUUUACUGUUUACCAUUUUCCUUUUUCUUUGUGUGCAAAUUUUAGCGCUCGGAAUCGGUUUAACAAAAUACGAUAAUGCUCGGAAGCGAUAGAUAACCUUCCAUGAAAGGUUCGGAACGGAAAAGUAUAUUUAAAUCAAAGAAAAAAAAGUAUGUUACCAAAGAGUAUUGGAAUCGCACGCCGAAGCGUGUUUGAGCGGUGUGUAAUGUGUAAUAAGAACAAAACAAAAAUGGCUAAAUCGUGUUUGUAACUGUAGUAUGGAUGUAAAAAUAGUAUGCAAACUCAAUGACUUUGUACGGUGUCGUUAAGAACAGAAAAAAAAUCGACUUUAGCAUUCGGAACGUCUACUGCAACAUGGCGCCAGUAAGCCAUAUACAUACAGAACUUGACGUAACGUGGAAGAGAUUCGGUUGAUUGGAGUAUUGUCAGUUGAUCUUGACUCUUGUUCAAACCAGAUCUUGCCUCUUUGCAACACAUUCCGCACGAUUCGACAUAAAAAAAGUGCAAUCCAUGGCUCAGAAAGGUUUAACCGAGGGAAGUUAAAGAAUAUUAUCACUAGCGAUUAUUUUCCCCUCAACACACUUAGAUAAUCCUUAGCGUAAUACAGUUUGUGUUAGUAAAACCGUUGUCAGAAAGGUAUAUUUAUUAACAUUAAAAAAUAAGAAAACAAUUUUAUUUAUUUAAACAAUUGACGAUCAAACCGACAAGCGCUAAAACAAUUUAUAGUAAGUUACAAGUUACUCGUCAUUACAUCCAUGCAGCCAUACUGUGUGACGAUAUGCAAAUAGCGCUAGGCUUUUAGUUUGCUGAUGAUUAUGAUAAAGAUUUCAAAACUUCUCAUGCGAUGGCGUCACCCCGGAGCAACUAAUCCAAGAAAAAAGAGGGUAAAGAAUCUUCAUUGAAAUCACAUCUCCUAAUCGGCAAAUAGAAUCAGCCAUAUCGAAUCUCAAUCUCUUGCCCACCUGCAUCAAUAACUCCGGUACAAUCGAUUGCUUCACACAUUGUUGCGCUUUUUGGAACGAAACGUUCAGCCCGCAGGUGCUCGAAAGCCUGCGGACGGUGGAUGGAGUUGGGUAAAAUUGUCGUAAUAAUUGUUAGCAUCAUCGCGCGGGUUACGAAAUAGCUCGCGAAAAACAAAAAAACCUGUAAAACCAUCAUACUUUAUAUGCUUAAAGUACCGAACAUGUGGUAAAAUCUUAUGAAAGCUGUUUCAUUACGAAUGCAAAACAAAAACACUCACAUAGUUGUACUGCAACAAUCAUCAAUAUUCUUACGCAGCUGCCUAAACCCGAUUGGGUAGGAUGUUUGUUUUGCGGCAGGAUUCGCGAGCAGACAAGCUGCAACAUUUGGAUUGGUAUCAUAGGCGCUUCCUCUCCCGCAGCUGGAACUCCACAACUGACAUAAACAUUUGAAGGCACAUUCGGAGAGAAGAUAGAUAUCGAAUAUCAAUGCUCAUGGUAAAACAAAAACAAACACAAACAAACCACAAUCUCACAAACAAAACACACUCGUUGCUAAAAGAUAUAAUUAUUGAUAAUAAUAAUAUUUAAAAACACAAAAUAACAAAAAAAAAACAUACAAACGAAAAACACAAAUCGGAUCAAAAAUGAAAACAAAACACGAAAGAGGGAGAAACGAAAACGUAAAAACAAAACUGUGUGUUCUGUAGCUGACAUAUAAAAGAGCGUUAAGAAAAUAUGAUUAGAACAAACAAACACAAAAGCAAAAGAAAGCAUACAUAAGAAAUAAAUAAAAGCAUACUUAGAUGAGACGGUGCAUAGACUAACACAAAAGGACUUGCAUACAAAAAUAGCAUAUAAAUAUGCAAAGCAAAAAAAAAUCACAUCAACAACAAAACUCCUCCAAUACUCUCCUGACUUGAGAUAGCAAAAAUGAUCGGAUCGCUAAUUUAAACCCAUUUAACAUCGGUUCGAUACACAAACAACACGUGCAAUAAGUUCAUAAUGCAAACACAGGCAACCAAAGUAACGAAAAAGUAAAAAAAAAACAAUGUUAUAAAUAUACAUCGUGCACUAUUUAUAUAUGAAAUGCAAGUUUCACGAAGCUGAAA